GUAAGUCGGAUGCUGUAAUUUACACGCCUGGCAUGCCACUAUUGCACAGGUGUCUUAUUCGAACAAUGUCUGUUCUCUUCGCAGAUUUACUUGGAUGCCGCAAGUGUUGGCUGACGAAGUCAUUUCUCCUCUGGUCUCCCAGCCUUAUGGGUAUUUGCUUGUCGCGGGUAGAACGAUUUUUCGCUCCCUACUACCACACAAUUCAUAAGAACCGGUCGAUUGUUCUCAUGCUCAAUCUCGCCCGAUGGAACCUAGCCUAUGCAUCAAGGCAAUAUUAUUCCCCAGCGUCUUCGCAGAGAAGACAAUCUCUUAUCGUGAUUUAAGUAACUGCUUCGGCAAAGUUUCCGAAGCUCUUCGAAUGAACUGCAAGGUUAGGCCGAGACCGGCCUUUACUUCAUUAAUGAUGCCCUUCGCGUCGGUUCCAGGUACUCUCGCCACCAGCGUCCCUAUUGUGACACCCAAGUCUGCUCACGUACACUUCUGGGGCGUCGGUGAUUGAGCAAUAUUCCACGGUGUCGGGCCAGGUCCAGGCCCUCAUUUGCCUCGUCUAUCUUAUAUGUGACUUACGGUAAUGUGCCAGUCAUAUCUAUGUGGGUCACGUCGUCCAUUUCUACGGUUGUUCCCAAUCGUUUUCCGAUAGUUUGGCUAUGUGAUGCCGUGAAGGUGCGUUGCCAAUUUGUCCUUAAUGGAUUGGCAUACCACGCCGUUGUGGGAAGUUCCAUGGUACCUUCCAAAAAGGAAGAACACAUCAUGCCAGGGGUUCGGCCCUAUGAGUUACUAUUACUCCUG